AUGGCCAGAGAAAGAGCAGCUUUCUUCAGCCCGUUCGAGCAGGAGAUAAUCCUGAAGACUUUUGAGGAGUACAAAGCCAUCAUCACAGCCAAGUGUAACACUGCUGCUGCGGCCAAAUCCCGAGUGGAAGCCUGGCAGAGAAUAGCCGACAGAUUAAAUGCCACCAACCCCAACAACGUAAAGCGCACCUGGCAGCAGGUCAAAAUCAAAUACAAAAACAUUGUACAAUGUGCAAACAGGAAACGGAAACAGAAGUUUGGCGAAGUAUUAGCAGCCGGUUUUUCGCCUGCCGAAGAGGUGGCGCUUUGGCAGAUCAGAGGGCGACCUGUGAUAGACGGCACCAUUUUGGGCCUUUCCUCUGGUGUUAACGUUGGCAGGCCAGUAGCUACAGAGCCAGAAAGCUCCUCAACUCUUAUACAAACGGCGCCCACCAUUCUUGAUUGUGCAGAAGAGCCCAUUGAGGGGACUGAAGCGUACACAAGCCAAGAAGAUCCUGGACCUUCUGGACCCUCGGAACCCGCCGACGCAGAGAGAGACGAGGAUGUGACGGCACUCUAUAAACGUUACCUCAGACAGGAAAUCGCGUACCGGCAACUGAAGAUGAAGAAGCUCCAGAAGGAGAUCCAGUUGCUUGACAAACAGCUGGAUGUGAGUUAG